GGUAUUGUCAUGAAUGAGGGAUUCAGGUGCUUAAAGAAUUCCUGUCAAAGGUAUUGGCAAAAGCGCAGUGUCUGUGACAUAGUUCAAGAUGUGUUCAGGUAAUGCUCUUGGACACGUGGUGUGAUUCUUGGGGUGGCUUGUGCAGGGCCAGGAGUUGGACUUCAGUGAUCCUUGUGGGUCCCUUCCAACUCAGAAUAUUCUGUGGUUCUGUAAUUAUUGGCAAAAGCAGGUUUUCAUAUAAAUUUGUGAAGGCGUGACUUAACGGAGUUUGAUGGCAAGGUUCCCUCUGUUACUUACAUCCUCUGGAUGUAGCAUAGCUUCAUCCCUGUGGAUGAAGCAUAGCAAGGAAACUCGGGUCGUAAUCAAUUUGAAAAGAUUUGUGCAGAGACUGGUAACAAAAAAAAAAAAAAAAAAAGGCAAAGGGUAAGGGAGACCCUCACGUUGAACCGCAAGGUUCAGAGUGGACCCACUUGCCAGAUUUAGCUUCACACUUGAUCAGUGGUUUUGUGUCUAAAGGAUUUAGCAGCACUUAAUCUUUGGCUAAUUUUACACAGAAUGAUUAAAUAGAAGUUCCUAUAAUAAAAGUGUAGAUCUGAGAUGGCAGUAUUCAUACUAUACCUGCUGUAGCAUAUUUAAAGCAAUUUGCACACACCCCGUACAGAGUUUGUGUCUGAAGUGUACGUGUUUAAAAAUUCUCCUCGUGUUCAGGUGCGUUUUGGCUUUUUUACUUUCUACAUAGUUACGUUGCAUAACUGUACAGGAUUCAAAACUUGUAUAUUUUAAGGGUUCGAUUCUGAGGGUGCUCCCGAGGAAGCUGUCAGUUCUGUCACCAGCCAUGGUUCCAUUACAGUGAGCUCCUGCAUUUCCUACCUGUGUUGGGCUGACUCAGGAGCAGCUCUCCUCACAGCAGGAUCAUGCCCGCAUCACCAUAUCCUUUGGCUGAACUGUGUUUUUUACUGUUUCUGCACAUUCAAGGUAACAUCUGGAAACAUCCUGCGGGCUUUUUUUUUUUUUUUUUAAUGUUACAGGAUUCUGGGAAUCUCUGUUGGAACCGCUGUCAGAGCGGUUUUCUAUGGAAAUUGUUGGGCAGAGGCUGCGGAGUGUCCGCCUAAUGGCUGAGUUGCGGGAUGAGACUUAAAGCAGGCGAGGCAGCGGGAGAGACCGAGUUCGUUCUGCUGUCCUGCGGGUGUUCCCGCGUCUGGACCUUGAUCUCGGGUUUGUGCGUGCGGUGCGGGCAGUCUGCUUACAGCCUGGAUUAACUUUGGUCUGAGCAUGAACCUCUUGUCCUUGAGUCAGGGCGUUGUGCUUAAAAUGGGGGUUCCUGUCCGAACGAGCGCCGGGGUCGGUGUUCCCGGCGCACCGCGGAACGGCGCGUGUGGCUGGAGGGAUUUAACAUUCGCCGUUCGCCGCUUGUCGGCUCUGCGGCCCUCGUGUGGAAUUAGCAUAAUCGGCUGCUGGCUUUUCAGCCGGUUUUAAAGAGAGAAGCUCCAUCUGGGCCGCCCUCCGUACUCUCCGGCUCCCCCACUCUAUGUACCCUCCCUGUGCCUCGCCUCUGCCCGACGAGGGCGGGGAGCAGAAUCCCGGCCGGAACGCGGGGCUUGGGGGGGGAGGCCCGUUCCCGGUGCGGGCAGGGCGCUGUCCCUUUAAGGCGGUGAGUGACAGGGCGCGCGGGGGGGGGGGCGGGUGGGUGUCACGUGAGCCGCCCGUAUUUGAAGGUCACAAAAAAGCUGCUUCCUUUAGAGAGAGCAAGAGGGAGCGCGAGGGAGGGAGCGCGAGGAGCGAGCGAGGGAGCGCAGCCAAAAUGGCCGACGGAGCGUCUGCUGGCUUCUGAACGUUUGAAAUUAAAGGGGAGAGAGGGGGAGAGAGAGACAGAGGGGGGGGAAAUUGACAAAAAAGGAAAAACAAAAAAAAAAAAGCCUAAACAGAAAAGCAAAAAGAAAAAAAAACCGCAAAACCAUUUUUCUGGAUUUUUUGUUGUUGUUGUUUUCAUUUCCAUUUCUACCUUGUAUGCCUCAACUCGCUGGAUUUAAGCACUGCUGCACUUUAUGAGGUUAGUGAGAGAAGGAGCAAGAAAGGGAAGAACAGUUAAUGGAAGACAAGAAAAGGAAGAAAGAGGAUAAGAAAAAGAAGGACUCUGCUCAGAAGGUCACAGAUCAAAAAACCAAAGUGCCCGAAGUGACGAAACCAAGUUUAAGCCAACCAGUGGCUGCCAGCCCAAUUGGCAACUCUCCAUCGCCACCAGUCAAUGGUGGCAACAAUGCCAAGAGGGUGGCAGUGCCGAACGGACAACCGCCAAGCGCCGCCCGCUACAUGCCUCGGGAGGUGCCGCCGCGAUUCCGUUGCCAGCAGGACCACAAAGUGUUACUGAAACGUGGGCAGCCUCCUCCACCAUCCUGCAUGCUCCUUGGGGGUGGAGCAGGGCCUCCCUCCCCAGCAGCACCAGGAGCAAACCCAAACAACGCACAACCAGUGACAGGAGCACUGCUGCAGAGCGACAGUGGGACUGCAACAGAUUCAGCAAUUGGAGGUGCUGCUGCUUCAAAUUAUGCAAAUUCCACUUGGGGUCCUGGAGCCUCCUCCAACAGCGGCACCAACGCCAACCCAACUCACAUCUGGGACAAGGUGAUUGUAGACGGGUCUGACAUGGAAGAGUGGCCUUGUAUUGCCAGCAAAGAUGCUGAGUCUUCUUCCGAAAACACCACCGAUAACAACAGUGCCUCGAACCCUGGCUUGGAGAAGAACACUCUGCCAGGAAGCACCACUAGUAACAAAGGAAAAGGAAGCCAGUGCCAGUCUGGAAGCGCUGGAAACGAAUGUAAUCUUGGGGCCUGGAAAUCUGAUCCCAAGGCUAAAUCUGUUCAAUCUUCCAACCCUGCUGCCGAGAGUAACAAUGGACUAGGUAAUUGGAGGAACUUGAGUGGACAAGACAGAAUCAGUCCCGGUUCUGGCUUCAGCAACUUUAACCCAAAUAGCAACCCAUCUGCUUGGCCAGCACUGGUUCAAGAGGGCAAUUCUAGGAAAGGAACUCUGGAAUCUGAUAGUGGUAGCUCCAAUGCACAGAUUAGCACAGUAGGUCAGACCUCUAGGGAACAGCAGUCAAAGAUGGAAAAUGCGGGUGUUAACUUUGUCUCUGGCAGAGAACAGGCUCAAAUUCAUAACACUGAUGGACCAAAAAAUGGAAACACUAACUCCUUGAACUUAAGUUCACCAAACCCUAUGGAGAAUAAGGGAAUGCCCUUUGAAAUGGGCUUGGGGAACCCUUCCAGGAGCACUGACACCCCUUCUCAAAGCACUGGAGAAAGAAAGACUGGGAGUGUUGGAUCUUGGGGUACAGCUAGGGGGUCUUCUGGAACUGACACAGUCUCUGGGCAGAGCAAUUCUGGAAACCAUGGGAACAAUGGAAAGGAUAGAGAGGACUCCUGGAAAGGAGCUUCUGUUCAAAAACCUAAUGGGUCAAGAAAUGAUUCUUGGGAUAACAAUAACCGGUCUACGGGUGGCGGGUCUUGGAACUUUGGCCCUCAGAAUGCAAAUGAAAGCAAAUGGGGUGAAGGGAACAAAUUAACAUCUGGGGUCUCUCAGGGAGAAUGGAAACAGCUGUCUGGGUCUGAUGAACUGAAGAUUGGAGAGUGGAGUGGUCCAAACCAACCAAAUUCUAGCACUGGAGCAUGGGACAAUCAAAAAGGCCACCCUCUUCCUGAAAACCAAGGCAAUUCCCAGGCUCCCUGUUGGGGAAGAUCUUCCAGCUCUGCGGGAAGUGAGGUUGGAGGUCAAAGCACUGGAAGCAACCACAAAGCAGGAAGUAGUGACAGUCACAAUUCUGGACGCCGAUCAUACAGGCCUACGCAUCCUGAUUGCCAGGCAGUCCUGCAGACUUUGCUGAGCAGGACUGACUUGGACCCCCGAGUGCUUUCCAACACCGGCUGGGGCCAGACUCAAAUUAAGCAAGAUACUGUGUGGGAUAUUGAAGAGAUGCCACGGCCCGAGGGGAAGUCUGAUAAAGGAACUGAGGGGUGGGAGAGCUCUGCCACACAGACAAAGAACUCAGGGGGCUGGGGCGAUGUACCCAGCCAAAGCAAUCAAAACAAGUCUGGAUGGGGUGAGCUCUCGACCCCAACGGAGUGGAAGGACCCCAAAAAUACUGGAGGAUGGAAUGACUAUAAGAACUCCAAUUCUUCUAAUUGGGGAGGAGGAGGAAGGCAAGAAGAAAAAUCGUCCUCCUCUUGGAAUGACAGCUCUAGUAAAGAUCAGGGGUGGGGUGGACGGCAAGCCAAUCAAGGAUGGUCUUCUGGGAAGAACGGUUGGGGAGAGGAAGUUGACCAAACGAAAAACAGUAACUGGGAAAGUGCAGGAAACAAGCCAGUGUCUGGUUGGGGUGAAGGUGGGCAAAAUGAGAUUGGAACUUGGGGUAAUGGUGCAAAUACAAGCUCUGCUUCAAAGGGUGGAUGGGACGAUUGUAAAAGAACUUCAACAUGGAACGAGACGGGUCGACAGCCCAACUCCUGGAACAAGCAGCAGCAACAGCACCAGCAGCAACAGCAGGAGUCUUCUGGUUCCUGGGGUCCACCGCCCCAAACUCCAAGUAAUGGGCGGCCUCCGAACCCAAACUGGAACAAUGGACCACAGCCAGCUGCCCCCAAGGAAGAGGAGCCUAGUGGCUGGGAAGAACCUUCUCCACAGUCAAUCAGUCGAAAAAUGGAUAUUGAUGAUGGCACUUCAGCAUGGGGAGAUCCUAGCAGUUAUAACUACAAGAAUGUGAAUCUGUGGGACAAGAACUCACAAGGAGGACAGGCCCCGCGGGAGCAGAGCCUGCCUACUCCAAUGACUAGCAAAUCACAAGCAUCAGUCUGGAGCAAAAGCACUCCACCUGCUCCAGACAAUGGUACGUCCGCCUGGGGUGAGCCAAAUGAAACCAGUCCCGGGUGGGGUGAAGUAGAUGAUACAGGAGCAUCGACUACAGGCUGGGGGAAUGCACCUUCCACCGCCCCGAAUGCCAUGAAAUCUAGUUCUAAAUCUAUGCAAGAUGGCUGGGGAGAGAGUGAUGGGCCAGUGACAGGAACACGUCAUUCCAGCUGGGAAGAGGAGGAGGAGGGAGGAGUCUGGAACACAGCAGGCUCUCAGGGAAGCAGUUCCUCCCACAACUCAACAAGCUGGGGACAAGGAGGAAAGAAAACACAAAUGAAGUGUGCAUUAAAAGGAGGAAAUAGUGAUUCGUGGAUGAACCCUUUAUCCAAACAGUUUUCAAAUAUGGGCUUGCUAAGUCAAACUGAUGACAUUCCAGGCAGUAAGAUGGACUUGUCUGUAGGUGGUCUCCCAGAUAAGAAGUUUGAGGUAGAUAAACGAACCGUGAAUCUCGGGGAUUUUAAUGACAUGAUGAGAAAGGAUCGAUCUGGGUUCCGUCCACCUAAUUCCAAAGACAUGGGAACCACAGAUAGUGGGCCUUAUUUUGAGAAGGGUGGCAAUCAUGGUUUGUUUGGAAACAGCACAGCACAAUCGAGGGGCGUGCACACACCAGUGCAGCCACUAAAUCCUUCCCCCAAUAUCCGGGCGCAAGUGCCUCCCCAAUUCCUUUCUCCCCAGGUUUCGGCCUCCAUGCUCAAACAGUUUCCCAACAGUGGCUUGAAUCCUGGUCUUUUCAAUAUGGGCCCCCAGCUUUCUCCACAACAGAUUGCCAUGCUGAGCCAGCUUCCACAGAUUCCCCAAUUUCAAUUAGCUUGUCAGCUCCUCCUCCAGCAGCAGCAGCAGCAACAGCUGUUACAGAGCCAGAGAAAGUUAUCUCAAGCUGUGCGACAGCAGCAGGAGCAACAGAUUGCUCGUAUGGUGAGUGCCCUCCAGCAGCAGCAGCAGAGGCAGCCUGGCAUGAAGCAUUCACCAUCCCACCCUGUUGGGCCCAAGCCACAUUUAGACAGCAUGGUACCCAAUCCUUUGAAUGUGGGUCUCUCAGAUUUACAGACCAAAGGGCAGAUACCUGGAUACGGUUCAGGUGGCUUUGGCUCAAGUGGCAUGGAUUAUGGCAUGGUGGGAGGGAAAGAGGCUGGAACAGAAUCCCGCUUUAAGCAGUGGACUAUGAUGGAAGGGCUGCCCUCUGUGGCUUCACAAGAUGCCAAUAUGCACAAAAAUGGUGCAAUAGUGCCCCCUGGAAAGGCUCGUGGAGGAUCGCCCUACAACCAGUUUGACAUAAUCCAGGGCGACCCACUCAGCAGCCAUGCAGGCCCUGCUGGUGAUAGUUGGUUACCUGCCAAAUCUCCACCAACAAACAAGAUCGGAAGUAAAUCCAGCAAUGCCAGCUGGCCUCCAGAAAUUCUGCCAUUCAAGAGAGCAAUAUUGUUCAGCUCAAAGAUAAAUGAAGUGGUGCCCAAUCAAACUGAUAUCACAGCUGGAGAGUUCCAACCAGGAGUGCCGUGGAAAGGUAUACAAAACAUUGACCCUGAAUCUGACCCCUAUGUGACCCCUGGAAGUGUGCUGGGGGGGACAGCCACAUCUCCCAUUGUAGAUACUGACCACCAACUUUUGCGGGACAACACCACAGGGUCUAAUUCUUCCCUCAACACCUCGCUGCCUUCACCUGGUGCCUGGCCCUACAGUGCCUCUGACAAUUCCUUCACCAAUGUUCAUAGCACUUCAGCAAAAUUCAGUGAUUACAAAUCAACAUGGUCCCCAGAUCCCAUAGGACACAAUCCCACUCAUCUCUCCAACAAGAUGUGGAAAAACCAUAUUUCCUCAAGGAACACUACAGGGCUGCCCCGCCCACCUCCUGGCCUGACCAAUCCCAAACCAUCAUCUCCAUGGAACAGCACAGCACCCCGAUCGGUCAGGGGCUGGGGGGCACAGGACUCAAGGCUUGGCUCUGCAUCUACUUGGAGUGAUGGUGGCUCAGUUCGUCCUAGCUACUGGCUGGUUCUUCACAAUCUCACUCCACAGAUUGAUGGGUCAACCUUGAGGACGAUCUGCAUGCAGCAUGGCCCACUGCUGACAUUCCAUCUGAACCUGACCCAGGGCACCGCCCUCAUCCGAUAUAACACCAAACAGGAGGCGGCCAAGGCCCAGACUGCACUGCACAUGUGUGUGUUGGGAAACACUACCAUCCUGGCUGAGUUUGCCACAGAUGAAGAGGUUAGUCGCUUUUUGGCACAAGCUCAGCCCCCUACACCUGCAGCAACCCCGAGUGCACCCGCAGCGGGCUGGCAAUCCCUGGAGACAGGACAGAACCAGACAGAUCCAGUUGGACCUGCUUUGAAUCUCUUUGGUGGGUCAACAGGGCUUGGGCAGUGGAGCAGCGGUGGCGGCGGCAGCAGCAGUGGGGGUGAUCUCACUGGUGCUUCAUUGUGGGGGCCCCCAAACUAUUCUUCAAGCUUGUGGGGGGUCCCAAGUGUAGAGGAUCCACACAGAAUGGGCAGCCCUGCUCCCUUACUACCUGGAGACCUUCUGGGAGGAGGGUCGGAUUCAAUCUGAACUUAGAACUUUCAACUCUGACCUCGUGACCUUUUUUGGAACAGCAGCAGCACUAACUUGACCUUUUUCGUUUUUUUCAACUUGCAAUAAAUACAUUUAUAAAAGGAAAAAAGAAAAUGGAGAAAGAAAAAAAGGUGGGUCAUUGACAGACUGUCUGAGCACAUAGUUGCCUCCCUUAUAUAACUUCAGUUUUUUCGUUUGGAAUAUGAAUCCAAAAAGAGAACAUAUCACUCUUGAAAUACUUGAAUCGUGAACGCCAACUUAGAAAGACAAUGUGAAGCAAGUACACAUACCAUUUAAAUUUAAACAGAAAAGAUUAAAAAAAUUAGUUUCUAGUUUUUCACUUUUUCAUGUUAUACGGAAGUUGUUGCUAAGAAACAUAUAUACUGAAAAAAUAGCUUUUUAACUUUGUUUGCACUGGGUGUGUUUCCGUCCUUAGGUCUACCAUGUUGGGUUGGGGUUGGGGAGGGGUUUAAAAGAAUAAGGGGAGGGAGGGAAAGACUUGACGGAGCCUCACUUUAAAAACAACAACAAAAAAAAAAACCUAGAAAAAAAAUUAAAAAUUAAAAACCCACAAAAAAAAAAACAAAACAGAAAAAACAAACAAAACAAAAAACCAACACUUUGUGAUUGGCUGGUUGAUAAGUACCAGUGUGUUCUGGCACAUGUAACUGCCCACGUGUGCUUGUUUCUGUGUGAGUGCGUGUGCACAUGUUUGUGUGUGUGCAUUUUUUUCUCUCUAUAUAUAGUCUUGAAACGCUGCAUUGCUGAUGGUCUGUGGGCUGGCUGGCCAUCUGCAUGUCUUGAUCCUGAAAGCAAGACAGGCACGGUGGUAGAGGCCCUGUGGCUGAAGCGGGAUCCAGUUGGGCUGGAUUAAAAUUUAUUGCUAGGUUUUAUUCAAUUCAUUUUAGCAGGGUGCUAUCUUAAAUCUGCAGAUCAUACGGAGUGAAUAGUUGCUUGCUAGCCCUUGUUCUAACCCUGUGGUAGAGCAGAACACUGCCAUAUCCAAAGGAUUUGGUGGGGGGAGGGGAAAUAAUGUUGUCUUUGGAGUUACAGUGUCUUUCUUUAUGUCUGCACGUGGGGUUUUUGUACUGAAUGAACCCUAAAGUGUUUGUUAUAUAAUGCAAGCCAUUUAUUUCUUCCAACAAGGGGAAAAGAGGAGGAAAGAAGACAUUGCCAUUUUUUGUGCAGAUAGACAAAUGUUCUUUUUCAGUCUCGUAAAAGCUUCAGUACCUUUAAAAAAAAAGGCAUUUCUUUUCUCCCCCAAACCUAAGUAAGCACCUUUACUCAUUCUAGAGGAAUCCAUCUAAAGCUUGAAAAUCCAGCCCAACCAAAUUAGCCUUUUAGUUCAUUUACUGCUUCUGUUAAAACUGACAAAAAACUAAAUGGUGUCAGCAAAGUGCCAGCCAGCCUGCCUCAUCUCCUGAAAGCACAUGCAGCUAACUCCUUCCUGCGUCCCUCAUGGUGAGCGUUACCUGUGCCAGGCCUUGGUGCCAUUACAGCACCAGACCAUCACUGACAGAAACGUUUACUUACGAAUGUUCUUAAACCAGUGUGUACUUCAAAGGUUUCCUUUUGUUUCUCUGUGUUGUGUUUUUUCCUGUGUACGUGGUUUUGCUUAGGGAGGUAUAUAACUAGCAGAGACUUUUUUUUUUUUAAAGAAGUAUUGCACCUUUUUGUUUUUUGUUUUUACUUUUUUCUGUACUGUUGCUUUUUAAUUUCCGUAUUUAAGGAAAGGUUUGGGGUUUUUUUAGCAUCAGUGUAGUAGUACUCUGGGCAGGACAGGAGUGACCUAUAAUCCACAGUGAUAGCCAGUGUGUGCGUGCAUGUGUGCGCUGGGAACAAAACUUUUAAGACUUGUUGUUGUGAAAAGAGUUGUAGCAGACUUGAAGGAACAUCCCUUGACACAAAGCAGGAAGUCUUUUGUGGGGGUGGGGCCGGGGGAAGAGAGAUGCCCAUACUUUUUCCAUAAGUGCUAGGACUUCCAUGUGGCAUUAUCCAGCUGUUACACUGUCUAACAAAGUGCCGACCUUCUGUACCAGCACAUACCUGUCCAUUCCAGCCCUCAGAGGGAGCAGUGCUUUAUCACCUGGCAGAGGGGGCAGAUAGGGGAGUCUGUUUCUUCAGCAUUUUCAUUGAAGGAUAUGACCAUAUCUAAUGCAUUUAACUCGCGGGUUUGGUGAGCAGAAGCAAAAACAGAUGCAAGGCAUGGGGGGGAGCUUGGUGAGCGUGUGUGUGUGUAUGCCUGUGUGCUGGGGGUGGGAGGGAAGGGCUAGGGAAUUACAUGGCUGUUUUAUUUAAUUCGCCCUUUCUAUGUAAACCCAAUGUCACAGGGAAGACUGAGGGAAAUGCUGCAUGUACACAAGCCUGUAGAUUUGUAUGCAAAGCGCUAUGUGGUAAAAAAAUAUGAGUAGGUUUGUAUUUGUUUAGUAAACUGGAGCGUGCAGCAUACUCUGGCCCGUUUGGAAAAUACUUUCCUAUCAUGUCUUCUCCAUCUGUCCCACCAUGCACAAAGAAAUGAAAUGCUCUCUUUCAGCUCCUGGUAGCUGGCUAGUGCCCCUCAUGUGCGGGCAUCUGUACAGCUUUGUUUCUGCUUAAAGACCAAGUGCACUCAGACAAGCAGAGCAGGUUCUUAAAAGUCCUGUGCCAGCAGUACUUCCUAGUGAAGCACCUUUGGCCUGAGCAAGCCAGUGUCUGUUCUGUCACAUGAUUUGCUAUACAUGCUGGUUCAUUGCUGUGUUCCACCCUCACUUCUCUCUCCCAACCUGCCCUAAGGUCCCUUUUCCUGCACUUUGGGCUAGUUGAGUUCAUUGCGAUACUACGGUGAAAGCCGGGUGCUAGAGCCCCUCUUGUUUACAAGACAUAAUGAGGGAUUUGAAAUACUUAAAAAGAAAAGCUAAAUUGUUCUUCCAUUGUAAGCUUAAAGGGAAAAAAAUUAAAACAUACACAAAAAAAAAAAAAAAA